UCCACCGUCUUGGCUCCAGCCAAUCCACAGACGGGUUCCUCUGUUUCAGCUGCAGCUUUUGAUGCUGUUAUUGGCGGCAUAGAGGAGAUCAUCAUGGGUGGAACCUGCAACUGCGGAGGAUCUUGCUCGUGCACAAACUGCUCCUGCACCACCUGCAAGAAAAGCUGCUGCCCCUGCUGCCCGACUGGCUGCACAAAAUGCGCCUCUGGCUGCGUCUGCAAAGGGAAGACGUGCGACACCAGCUGCUGUCAGUGAGGAGCCUGCAGCAUCAGCCCUCUUCUGACAUGAGAUGGCGGCAGUUGGAACAUCAUUAACUUGUUAAUUGGGAAUGUCUACAGAUAACUAUGUUUCGUACUUGUCUUCAAUGUUGAAAUAAAUAUCUCUUCCUAA